AUGAACGAUAGCGAAAAUACAACAUCAAAAAACUCUGGUGUCACAGGGAACACAAACACGUUUCAAUACGAUGCAAGUCUCAGUAGUGGCGAUAGACAUUUUAUAGAACAACGAAAUAUUAUACUACAGGAUGUAAAUGGUACGAUGGAUUCUAUAUUGAACGGGUUGAAUGAACUGAAUAUAUCACUUGAGAACAAUAUAGCUGUUGGAAAGGAAUUUGAGGUUGUGACCAAACUUUGGAAAAACUUUUAUAAUGGAACUGAUUCUGUAACUGACGGUAGUGAUAGUGAAAAAGAAGAUAAAGAUGUGAAUAUGGAUUAG